GGUUAGAGAGAGAGAGAGAGAGAGAGAGGGUGAGAGAGAGAGAUCGGGGGGCGAUGGAGAGCGAUUUGAGGGAGAAGCUCCUGAGGGAGGAGGAGGGGUUGGAUCGUCCGGCGCCGGAGGGGCCGGCCCCGGCGCCGGAGGCGAAGGAGGAGGAGGAGGAGGUGGCGGAGGGGGAGGAGGAGGAGGGGAUCAAGAGGAAGCUGGUGGAGGAGAACAAGAAGCUGUGGGUGGUGGCGGGGCCGUCGAUCUGCACGAGGUUCUCGACGUUCGGGGUGACGGUGAUCACCCAGGCGUUCAUCGGCCACAUCGGCGCCACCGAGCUCGCCGCGUACGCCCUCGUCUCCACCGUGCUCAUGCGCUUCGCCAACGGGAUCCUGUUGGGCAUGGCAAGUGCACUUGAAACUCUAUGCGGGCAAUCAUACGGUGCGAAGCAAUAUCACAUGCUAGGGAUCUACCUUCAGCGAUCUUGGUUAAUCUUGCUAACAUGUGCCAUAAUACUUCUCCCCAUCUUUGUCCUUACCACACCGCUCCUAAAACUGCUUGGCCAGGAAGAAUCCAUCGCAAUAAUGGCAGGCACAAUCUCUCUGUGGUACAUCCCUGUGAUGUUCUCCUAUGUGUGGGCCUUCACCCUUCAAAUGUACCUCCAAGCACAAAGCAAGAAUAUUAUUAUCACAUACUUGGCCGUUGUUACUCUCGCUGUGCACAUUUUCUUCUCAUGGUUGUUGACUAUAAAGCUUGGGUUGGGUCUAAGGGGAGUGAUGAGCUCGAUGAUAUUGGCAAUGUGGAUCCCGGUAUUAGGUCAGCUAGCAUUUGUGUUCUUCGGCGGGUGCCCUGAGACAUGGACUGGUUUUUCCUGUCUUGCUUUCAAGGAUCUCGGGGCAAUUAUCAGGCUCUCUGUUUCUUCGGGUGUCAUGCUCUGUUUGGAGCUGUGGUACAAUACCAUAUUGGUUCUUCUGACUGGGUACAUGAAGAAUGCAGAGGUUGCAAUUGAUGCUCUUUCCAUCUGCCUUAACAUCAACGGGUGGGAGAUGAUGAUUUCCAUUGGCUUGUUGGCAGCAGCAGGGGUGCGUGUGGCGAAUGAACUUGGAGCUGGGAGUGCGAAACGGGCAAAGUUCGCCAUAGUCAACGUGGUUAUCACGUCAUUUUCUAUUGGAUCUGUGCUCUUUGUAUUGUUCCUGUUGUUCCGGGGCCGGCUUGCAUACAUAUUUACCGAGAAUCCGGCAGUGGCCAAAGCAGUUGCUGAACUCUCUCCCUUGUUGGCUUUCUCGAUUCUGCUGAACAGUGUUCAACCUGUGCUAUCAGGGGUUGCUGUUGGCGCAGGGUGGCAGAGUGUGGUAGCUUAUGUAAACAUAACAUGCUACUACCUAGUAGGAAUCCCUCUUGGAACCAUGCUUGGUUAUGGCCUCCACUUCCAUGUUCAGGGGAUUUGGAUCGGAAUGCUGCUUGGAACACUUGUCCAAACUUUUGUGCUUUUGUUCAUCACAAUGAGAACCGACUGGGAGAAGCAGGUGGUUAUCGCCAAAGAGCGCUUGAACAAGUGGUACUUAAAUCAAUCUAAGGAAUCGAAUGGAAGGAACGGAACUCCUUAAGAUACAUUCUUUGAUACUCUUUACUGAAGCAGCUAAUAUAUCUACAUGUAUAGGAGCUUUCCACAUUCAUCUAGUCUUCUUCAACCAAUUUAAACUUUUAAAUCUCCCCUUCUUGGUGAUAAUGACACUUCCUCCAAUCUAAAUGAGCUUUUACUUAAUAAGCCCUCUCUCUCUCUCUCUCUCUCCAUUUUCUCUUAAGUAGAAGAAAGAAUGUUUUGGCUUACGGCUUCGGAGGUAUCUGCUUUGUAUGUAAUUCACCUCAACCCAUCUUUUGCUGGAUGGAACUAUGAAGAGCAUUGGAGGUUGUUUUGAGCACGCUAUGUCAUUGCGUCGCUUCACGCUAUGUCAUUGCAUCGCUUCGCGAGAUUUUGAUUGAAUUAGGUGUAUGUUUGUGGUCUCAUUUGAGCUUUUUCUUUUCCCAUUUUUUGGGGCCAUAUUUGUUCUGAGAGUGUUCUUCUGGUUGCCGUGAUGAGUGGAUGCAAUGUUGUAAUGCCAAAACAAUAGUUUCAAGGGUAUAAAAGUCAUAUGAUCUUCUCUCUCUCUA